GAUUCCUCCUGUGGCAAAAGAGAUGACUUCAGUAGUGAUCAAGUCACAACAUUGCUGAGUUUGGGAUGUAAAUUUAACGCCUAUGUUUGUGUGACUUUUUUUUACAAUUGUGAUAUUUCUGAGGAGGUAACGAACGGAUUUUCUACCGCCCGGAGAAUGUAGGCACGUACAGCACGUGUUGUACCUGACGUCGAGUUUACAAGUCGCUGACCCCGCCGGAUUAAAUAUGAUGUCCAACAGCAAUGUGGGGGAACAGCUGUAUAUCGGGGACUAUAUCGCCCUGUAUUCCAUGGAGACAGAGGGAUAUAUCUACAGUCUUCAGUCCAGUUCCAGUCACAGCUCGAUAAACCUCUACAACAAUCAGGACCGGGACAGACCAUCGAAAAUACCAAACCCAAAUGCGGUGGUAUUUCAGAUCUGUAUCCAGAACAGGUACAAGUUAAACAAGAAGUUAAGGAAAUGGCUAGCCCAGUCGUCAGCCAGCCCGGAGAGUACGGAGGAGAAGGGACUCAUGGCACAGGCCAAGCAUGCAGCGGAUGCAGAAAACGCGGACAAUGCAGCAGAACAGAAGAGACAGCUGGGGAAGAAAGUACGAUACGGCGAAAUAGUCCAGCUGAAGCACACGUUCACCAACAAGUACAUUCACAUGUGUACAUCACAGACAAGUCAGCGAGACAAGAACAACAUGAUGAUCAUGUUACAAGACUUCAACGCCAAAAAUGCCCAAUUUCGCAUCCUACCUCAAUACAAGGUCAAGUCAGAAGGGGAAGUGGUACAAAUCUACGACCAGAUCUGUUUCGAGAGUAUCAAGUCCCCAGGCCACUACUUCCACGCCAGCACGCCCUUCCAGAUAGACACCGCAAACUACGGGUCGGAACUUAACCUUGGGGUCGAGCGGACCGGAUUUACCCUUGUCCGUUUCUGCAAAGAAAAUCCAGAACUCGACCUCUUUGUCAAACGUGGGAUUUGUACAAUUCCCAAAUACGUCAAGGGUGGAUGUGCCAUACGAUUGUUCCACAAAGAACUAGAGGCGUAUUUAGUCGCCGAGGGAUUAUUUGACGAAGAGGUUACCGAGGAUGUCCAUUUCCGGAUCAGAGUGAUGGAUCAGCACAAGCCUCGAACACUCUCUCCCCCCUCCUCCGGGAACACCUUCUGGCAGAUCGAGGCUGAAAACAGUUGUCUCAAUGGUGAAGUCAUUCGGUGGGAGCAGCAGAUACGACUGCGCCACAUGACGACGCGACGCUACCUCUGCAUCGACGGCAACCGUGAGAUCUCCCUCAUAGAGGACAACGAAGAUCCCCGAACAGUGUUCCGGCUUCACUCUGUUCUCAGUGAGAGGGAUGAGAUCCAUUUCGAGAGUUAUGCUCGCAUUGAGCACGUGCUCACGGGCUUCUGGCUGCACGCGCUCAAAGAUGAGGACUACAUCAGGAAGCAGUUUCGCCAGGUAGAUGACUCUCAGGACCAGAGUAUGCGGGGACUUCGCUGGGACACCGCUCAAGUCCGACAGGUUGCCGCCAGUGGGGAGAGCAUGUACGACGACGCCUUCACCAUACAGUGGGUGGAACAACAGUACGUGGAUGACUUUAACUACGUCGGCGGGAUGGUGCCGUUCCUGCACAGCCUUAUCAAGGACAGAGAAGAAGGUCACCUGUUGAACUCAAAGAAGACGCACACAGUCCUAACAGCCAUGGAGGAGCUCAGGAAGUUCAUGUAUGUGAAGGGUGUGACGAGUAAAGGAAGACAGAAGCUCAUGAGGAAUCUCAGAGUGAUCGACUUGCUGGUUCGAACUCUCCAGUGCCCGCUAGACGGUGUCCAUGACGAGUCCAACCUCAUACAGAUCUUCAAGGAAGCCUAUGAAAUACUGUACACCUACAUGAUAGGCAAGAGCAGGAAGAACGCCCUCUACUUCGCCAAGUACAUCGACUUCUUCCAGACACAGUUCACGCAGAAGGGUGGGAUUGGUCUCAAUGUGGCGCAGAUGAUUGUUGAGCUGAUCAGAGACAAGAGGAAGAUCGUUGACAGGAUCACGCAUGCGCAGAUCAACGAGUUUGUCGGAUUAUUGGAAAACACACAGAAUCACCGGUUCCUCGACCUGCUGCACGUGCUGUGUGUGUGCGACUUUGUAGCCAUCCCAAACAACCAAUCAUACAUCGUGGAGAGAUGGCUGCAGAAAAAACAGCAUGGUGCCUACCUGACCGCCAGAGGGCAGGACAUCAACCGGCAGCCCAACAUCCUGUAUAUAUCAACAACUGCAGGCAAGACGUGGGUGGCGCUCCAUGAAUUUGUUGAUGAGGAAUCUGCUGUAUAUGACAAGGACACUCACGACUUCCUCAUCCAUCAGCUGGAUCUGUACAAGGCGCUCUGCUAUGGCCGGAACGACUUCGCCAUCAACAUCAUCACAAAGGAGCUACGCUAUCUCACCUGGGAAGAAACCUUCCUGUCCAUCGGCUCUGACAUCCUGCCUGACGCCAUCAGAGCCAAGUACUGCGACCUCACCACCAGUUUGUUCGUGGACGUCGGCAACAACUACUCGGUGCUAGAUCAUCCAAACAUCUGCUUCGUCUACGACUACGUCGGUUCCAAGGAUGAGGAGAAAAGUCAAGGCGACUUUGUUGUGAAGGAGCUGGUCGCUAUCUUCCCCGUGUUGAGAGACUGGAUCGCGGAGUUCUUGUCCCAGAACACCUGCAUGAUUGCCUCGGACAUCGGUCACAACAUGCUCGUCGAACAGGUGCUGAGGUUACUGUACCAUCUCGUGAAGUUCGGCUACUACCUUGACCUUGAAGACGUUCUGCAACUUCUGCCUCCCCUCCUCAACCUCCUCGACGGCCGACACGACUUCCCCUUCCCAAAGGACAAAGAAAAGGGCUACUCCAAGGAGGCGAUGAAGCAGGUGACGCAGUACCAAACGAUAGACAGAUAUGAGAAACACACAGAGACGGAAGCUAUCGUCAACGCCAAGUUCCAAGUGUUGGAGGUUCUUGACCUUCUGCUCACCUAUCAGAGGAACUCCCGCCUCCAGAGUUUCAUGGGCAAGUUUAAGGUGGCAGAACAAGCGGCAGCUGUGAAGAGGAGCGGGCAGACCUCACUUAUACCACUCCUCUUCGAUGUCUACAACCCACACGAAACCACAAAGAAGGGGUUGGCCCACCAGAAGAAGGUGACGAAGGAGCUGAGAGACAUGUUUAAUGUGUCAGCCAUAUUUGAUGUGGAUCUUCUCACCAAAGUUCUCAUGGACUUGUCGCAGUAUAAGUACAACAAAAUCAUCACAAAGUCUCUUAACAUCCUCAAUAAAGUCUACUCCUCUAAAACCAACAUGUUCAAACUCUCCAGCAAAGCUCAGGUGCUUCUGACCCAGGACUCGGCACGGGUCCACCGAGAGGUCCUCAAGAAUAUGCCAAUCCUUCGGCGACUUGCACGUGCAAAAUUGGACGCCCAGCAGGUCAAACUCAUGAGCGAUAUCUUGGACGAUCUAGCAGAGUUUUGCCAUCUGCCUAUGACGCCGGAUGAACCUCAUCCAAUGAACCAGAACAUCCUCAUCAGUAACGGAAUACUGAACAUCUUGUUUGACAUCUUGGUCCAGGAUAUCGACGUCAAACUGCUGGAACAAUACAAGGGCAUGCGGGACAUCUUCAGGAAGACACUCUACCUCCUCAAGCUGCUGGCCAAGGAGAACGACAGAGUGCAGCAUCACAUCUUCGAGAGACUGGACGUCCUCCUCGAGGUCCGAGUCGUGGAGUCUGACCUAGCUGUAGCCCUUAGAGAGGUGUUUUACGGCAACCAGAACACGUGUUUGAAGAUCAGCCCCCGCCAGAUCCAGAAGGUGGUCAACAGAGCGGCAGAACUUAGAGAGAAGGCUCCCGAGUUCCUGGACCUUCUGCAGAUGAUUGUCAAGGUCGUGGGCACCGGACUGACUCUGAAGCGGAACCAGGCCUACGUCAUGAAGUACAUCAUGCAGAACUAUAAGAAGCUGGCCUACGUGCUUGAUCAGUCUCGUGACGAAAGGGAGAAGAUCCUGACAGAUCAAGACCGUAUAUCCACGCUGAGGUACUACCUUAGUCUCCUGGAUCUUCUGGCAGCAUGCGCUGAGGGGGAGAACAUGUUCAUUGAGUCCCUGUGCCAGACCAUCCUCCCCAUGGAAGAUCUCCUGUGGGUGCUCAACAACCCCAACGUCGACAACGUCCAGAAGAAGCCGUUCCUGCGUUGCCUCCACCACGUCUACAUGAAGAGCAACGGCUCCUCGGUGGACAUGGCCAACAGCGAGAUCCCGCACGACAGUGAGCUGUGGGACUACCUGUCUUCCCUGUCCAUCGAGAUUAACAGACUGACUGACAGCAUCAAGGAGGAUCCGGACAAGAUUGCCAUCUAUCUCAAGACUGCACCUGAGAAAAGUGGCACGGCACAGACCCAGUUCUUCGAGUCCUCGGCCUACGGCACGGUGCUGUAUAUCCUUGAAGGAGUGUGUCCGUUCCUGGAGACGUUCUACCGUGACUUCUACUUCCCUGACCAGAUCAACCCAGCCGGGAAUGAAAUAGACGAAACUGACCAUCUCGCCAAGGCCGGAGUGAUGUUCAGCGAGAUCGUCGGCCCUCUCUUGUACAAGCCCGGCCACAUGAAGAACAUGGUCAACUGUCUGACCGUCCUCGUUCCCGUGUCCAACAUGCCCAACUCGAAUCUCGAGGUGAUCCUGGAGAGGUUUGCGUCUGGCAUCACGGUGGAGGACACGUCCAGCGCCAUCCGGAGGGGUAAUAUCGAGUACUAUUCGUCGGAGGUGGAACUGAACGCCAAGUUCCGGACAUUUGCCAAAGGGUGUGCUGUUGUGUUCGCCGGACACAACACUGUCCAGGCUCAGCUCAAGUUCAAGUCAAAGAGAGAAUACACGAUCCUCGGAGGAGAUGAGGAGCUGCCCCUGGGAGAGGAGUUCCAGAGCCUGGUCCGCUGUUUUAUUGCUUCUCACGAGAAGAAGCCGGAGAAGAAGUUCUUCCCGUCAGGGAAACUCAUUGAGGAGCUGUCAAUCUCGCUUGACUACAAGAGGCUGACGGAGGCUGCCCGACAGGAGAUGGACGACCUGAACAUCAAGUGUCUCCAGGUGCUCAGGGCCCUGGUUCACAACGAGGAGAGGAAGCUACCAGAGGACUGGGAAACACGAACAACAGAGACCAAGAUCCUCAGAUCCCUGAAGCUCAUAGCCUGUGUACAGAACUUCUACGAGUGUAACGGCGCCAUGAAGAAGUCGCUUCCCCACCUGGCGUCCAGAAAUGAUGAGAUCGCCAAGGAAGUCCUUGGCUUCCUCUGCAUCAUGCUGUUCAACGCCAACCAACAAGUUCAGGAAUCAAUGUUGAAGUACUUCCUGUCGACGAGGGAGGAGGUAUUCUUCAUGGCGGUCAGAGACAGAAUGGCGUUGUCCACCAACUCCAUCAAGGAGAAACGGUCCCUGCAGGCGCAGCAGGAUGCCAAGAUGAAGGACACUCCCGAGGCCGUUGCCAAGAAGGCAACUCACACAUUCGUCGUCAGUCUCAUGGCUCUCAAGCAAAUACAAAGUUAUGAGGACGCCCUUCGCCAGCAGAGGCUCAGUGGAUGGACGAAAAAGAAGGCAUCAGCCUCGACGAAGAAGCAAAAAAAGGCCAAGAAGCCUAAGAAACCAAAGGAAGAGAAGAAGAAGGAGCCGAAGAAGUCGAAGAAGGAUGCAGCCCAGGCCAACGGCAUCAAGAAGGAGGUGAACUUCGCCAACCCUCUGGUGAAGGAGAAUGAAGCCCUGAUAGACACGGUGCAGGACACCGACAUGGAACUCACUGUCAAGGUAGAGGACCCGGAACCGGAAGUGAAGGAGGAUGACGCGGCGGAGGGUGACACAUCCAUGGAGUACCGGAACGACGGCUACAUCGAACUGGUUCUCAAGGUGAUGGCCCGGAUGUGUGACGGGCAGAACAAGCUCUUGCAGGACUAUCUCCGUGAACAACCUGACAACGUCAAAUCGUUUGACAUCAUCGCAGAGGUGACCCGCUUCCUCAACGUCGUGUACUCCAACAUCAACGAUAAGAGCAUUGACCUCGUUAUUCAGCUGUUUGAGUCCAUGAAUGAGUUCACUGCCGGUAACCAGGACAACCGCAUCGUCAUCUACGACAACAAGAUCAUCGACUAUAUCAACUUCAUCUUAAGAGCCGGCGACUUCGAGAACUGCUCCAUUGAGAAGAUCCUGGAACUGCGGAGUAGUAUUGCUAACCUGGUCAUGUCCCUGGUUGAAGAAAAUGGACCAGGUGCUUCACAAGUCGCAAAGGAAGUAAAAGAUACUUUGGACAAGAAAGCAGUUUUAGCCUUAAUGACGGAGUGCUACGAGAAUCACGUGACUGACAAAAAAGCCAUUGAGGAACUGAAAAACAUGCCGAUAAUGGGCGCGCCGCAGACGGGGUCCCAGAGUUACCUAGCAACGGCAAAAUCUUUCGCCAUUGCUGGAGGCAGCUUCCUAUCAGGGGUCAUGGACAAAGAUGCAGCUAACAAGAAGAAGAUGGAGUAUGCAGAUGACUACAUGGACGUCGGGUUCAGCCUCUACCUCAUCCUUGCCCGUAUGGUCGACCUUGACCCCAAGAUCCUUGACAUGCUGCGCAUGUCGCCCCUGCAACAAAAAGCCUUCACCUUCUACAGGAAGAACUGCAUGUCAAUAGAGGUCGUGAAGGACGAUGAGCUACAGAAGGUGAACUUCCGGGUCAAGAACAAGAGGGUACUAAGAGAAGAAAUUAAGGAGAAACUCAAAUGGAGUGUGGACAGAUCGUCACCUAGCAACAAGAUUAGGGACCUGAUGGCGUGGAGUAAAGACAUCAUGAAGGACAUUGCAUACCAGCAGCGGAUCUUGAGCAACUUCCUCGCUCUCUGCAUCACCAAGGGAUGGCUGAUCUGGAACCACGCUGUGACGUUGCUGAGUUUUGGCAUCAACAUGUUGAUGUUGGCCACGUGGAAGGCCAAGGGGUCGAUGGAGACGCCGAACAUCUUCCCUCCAAACGCCACGGGAAUACCGCCGCUCCUUGUAGACCCCGUGCCCGCAAUCAUCAACCUCGGUGCGGACACAUACGACGUGGUGCUAAAGAGUAUGGGCUUCACGCACAACGUCCUCUGCCUCCUCGUGCUCGUCAGCUACUUCGUGUGCAACCACCCGCGGCUGCCAAACCCUAAGACCAUGUUCCUUAGCCUCAAGAGCGCGGUGAAGAAGAAGAAGGACGAUGAAGAAGAGGAUGGGAAGAAGAAGCAGCACCAGUCCAAGCUAGAUGCCCGCUUCUUUAGUUUCACCACCUUCUACUACCUGGCAUUCUUGGCGUUGUCGAUAGGAGGGACGUUCUCAAACGGCUACUGCUUCGCCUUCCAUCUCCUCAACAUCGUCAACAACAACCAGCUGCUGAGCGGAGUCAUCAAGGCAGUCACGCAUCCAGCCAAGUCCCUGGUGUGGGUGGCGAUCCUGGGUCUGGUGGUGUUUUACCUGUAUGGUAUAAUUGGCUUCGCGCUGAUGAGGAGUAUGUUCAACCCGGACAGCAACCUGUACUGUGACACGCUAUGGCAAUGUACCAUCACCGUCAUCCGAUACGGCUUGAUAGGAGAUCUCUUCGAGGUGCUCAUCCCACACGAUAACGAGAAGACAUUCCAAAAAUUCGGCUUUGUCGUCAUCUACCACGUCUCCUUCUUCAUCUUCAUCACCACCAUUGGUCUCAACAUCAUCUUCGGUAUCAUCGUGGACACCUUCUCAGAGCUCAGAGAUCUCAAGUGGACUGCCGAGUCAGACAUGCGCGAUACCUGCUUCAUCUGCAGCCGGAACAGCUACGACUUCGAGCAUCAUGGGAAGGGAUUUGAGCACCAUGUCCGCCAGGAACACAACAUGUGGGCAUACAUCUUCUUCUUCAUCCACCUGAACGGCACCAAGGUGAACGACUACACCGCCAUGGAGAUGUACGUCUAUAAACUGCUUGGUAAGGAAAACUUCGACUUCUUCCCACUGGACCGCGCCCUGUCGCUGGCCUCCAUGGGUAAGGACUCCACGGAGACCAAGCUGGACGACCUCCUGUACCAAGUCACCUCGAUAGUUGAAAAACAGAGGACGGAGGAACUGGAAAAGAAGAGACGCGAAGAGAAAAUGCGUCAAAAGAUCUGGGAGCAGAAACAUCGUCUGGGAUCAUUCCGCCGUCGAGCCCGUCUCCCUGGCCCCACAGAACCAGACCCGCUGAUGCAGAUCUCCCCCGCCGCCGCCACCGCGCAGCUGACUGACGACAAUCGCAUGAUGCAGCUCAGCCCACUGCCCGGGCUUGGGCCCCUACACCGCCGACCUAGCAUCUCCGAGCAUGGCCACGGGUCCGAACUCCAGCUGCGAAGAGCUAGUAUCACUGACCAUUCGGAUCUUCUGAGGAGACCAAGUAUCUCGGAUCAUUCGGAUUUCCCAAUACGGAGACCCAGCAUCUCGGAUCAUUCGGAUAUGUACCGGAGGCCAAGCAUUUCUGAUCAUGCAGCAUUUAUCAGUGGUCACCGCCACCGCCACCAUGACCGCCACAGGACGAUGAGAAGUGUUAGUCCGCUCCGGCAUGAAGCAGACCCGAGGUUCUUCCGAGGGCCAAGUCCAUCUCGGUUUGACUCGGAGGAGCCAUAUGUGAGGAAUUUGAGUCCAGUUCGAUAUGACGCAGGGACAAGAAGCCCAUCUCGGUCCAGACAGGGCAGCGAAACCGAUUUGAUGGGCCUGAGCCCAGUGCAUACACGUCGUGAAGCACCUUCUCGGGAUCUUGGGAUGCAAGCGAUGAGUAUGCUGAGUCCUAAAUGGAUAGACAGCAGGUCUACAAGUCCACGUGGGGCAACUGUUUUCUUCCCUGAAACCGAGUCGCUGCACAGUUUGAGAGAGGGUGCUGAACGCUCCAUGCCAGAGCAGUACUCAGACACUCUCGAGGGUCCAGUGUAUGGUCUGGACCAGGAAGCGCCCACUAGGGAACGAGAAGGGGACGCCGACAGCACCGCUAGCGGCGACUACGGCAGAUAUGAGACAAGAAUAUAAACAUUACUGCAAGCGUUUCUCAGGGGUCAAUGCUAGCUAAUGAACUGUUGCUUACGAAAAUGUUAUUCAUGUAUUUAAAUGACAAUGUCACGUCGUAGUGUAAGGAAUAGGUCCAUGAUAUGUCACAUCUGUGUCGGAGCAACUGUGGAAGUGUCACAGGCCGAAGUCCUUACAAAGAAACGGUACACAGCAGCGGCACAGCGUGCUAACGCAAGGUGCGCUGUACGAUGUGGUAAUACAAGCCUGUGGUGUGUAUCAGCCGAGUGGCGCAACACUAUCUUGCAAUACCCUUUGUGUUAAACGUGUGCCCAAGCAGAUGUACAAGUUGUAUACCGGAUACAACUAUCCCUGUGUAGUGGUACGUCAAGGUUAGAUGACCUCUUGCUUAAUACAAGCCAGACAAGUAGAUACCCGCAACAAGGGCGUUAUAUCCCUAUCAUCUGUAUCAGUUGUACUGAGAAGGAUAAUCAUUUCCCACUAUAACAACAAUGAUAAUACCAAUACAACUCAUUUAGCGCCCGACAAUGCCGGCGUGCUUAGGGCACAUGACAUACUGAACAAAAAAGUUAUUUUAAUAUACCGUACCCAUUUAAAGAAACGCAGUCUUCACUACAAAAUAAUAUUAAAA